AGUAAACUUCCGCCGUUCACACAAUGAUGAGCAUUUGAAUAUUUAUAUUCAUGUAAUAUUAUAACUCAACUUUAGAUACCUACUACCAGUUUAAGUGUACAUAAUUAAUAUUACAUACAUGAUGAACUUUACUUCUACAAAACCUCCACCGCAACCUAAAACGCAGCGUAAACCCAUGGCUGCUAGACCCUCUCAAUAUCUUGCCAGUCUAGCAGCGGCUGGCGAGGAUGUCUGGGAGACUACUAUGAUAGCACCAGAACCCCCUCGGGAAUAUUCCCCUAUUUUCUACUUUUUCUACGGUACUCUAACACAACCCGCCACUCUGAAGCGAGUUCUUGACCUAGACUACGAACUCGUUAUGCGUCCCGCCAAGAUCAUUGGCUACUCACUUACGAAAUGGGGAGAUUACAAUGCACUCAUUGAUGGUGAGACUGGAGAAGAAGUCGUUGGAAUGGCUUACGAAGUACAAUCGCCUGAACACGAAUUUAAACUGGCAUACUAUGAGACAAAUGCAUAUAAGCUUGCGCCUUGUCUUAUAUAUUUUACGGACGGGAGGGCUCCAGUUCAGGUGUCCGGGAAGACUUUUAAGUACGCGGGUGAUGCUGUGGCUUUGAGGGAGCAAAGAUUUGACAGGAAACUCUGGGAGCUUAGGAUGGGUUCAAGGUUACCUGAAAAAUGGAAGGGAUGA